CGACGGAAGCAAAUCCAUGUGCUGAUCCCUUCAAUACUAACCACUGAAAAGAAACUGUGAUCGGUUCCAUUCACAAAGUCAAGAUGUGUGGUAUAUGGGCAUUAUUUGGGAGUGAUGAGUGCCUUUCAGUCCAGUGCACCAGUGCUAUGAAAAUAGCUCAUCGGGGACCUGAUGCUUUUCGUUUUGAAAAUGUUAAUGGCUUUACAAACUGCUGUUUCGGCUUCCACCGUUUGGCGAUCGUGGAUCAGCUUCAUGGUAUGCAGCCACUGCGCGUAAAAAAGUUCCCGUUUCUCUGGCUUUGUUUCAACGGUGAGAUCUACAACCACCAGAGGCUGAGAAAGCAGUUUGAUUUUGAGCAUCAGACCAGGAUGGACGGUGAAAUCAUGCUCCACUUGUAUGACCGUUUUGGGAUUGAGAAGAUGGCCUCCUUGCUGGAUGGUGUAUUUGCAUUCAUCUUGCUGGAUACUGAAAAAAGAAGAGUUUUCCUGGGUAGAGACACCUACGGUGUGAGGCCCAUGUUUAAGCUGAUGACUGACAACGGCUUCCUGGCUGUGUGCUCUGAGGCUAAAGGGCUUACCCAGAUUACUCACUCCAUGUCCAGCCCUGCCAAGAUUGAUCCCUUCCCUCCUGGUCACUUUGAGGAAUUCGACCUGAAGCUCACAGGAAAGGUUGAGUCUGUUAAACUGGACCGUUUCCAUAGUUGUACUGAUGAGCCCAAACAUGCCCUAUACGACAGCGUUGAAAGUCUUGGCUCAGGCUUCGCAUUGGAGACAGUGAAGGCUAACAUCAGAUCACUCUUUGAAAAUGCCGUAAGAAAACGCCUGAUGGCCCACAGAAGAAUAGGCUGCCUUCUCUCAGGUGGUCUUGAUUCAAGUCUGGUGGCUGCAACACUGGUGAAACUAGCCAAAGAGGCUGAACUGGGUUACCCCAUUCAGACUUUUGCCAUUGGCGCAGAGGACAGCCCAGAUAUCCUUGCUGCUCGCAAGGUGGCAGAGCAUAUAGGCAGUGAGCACCAUGAAGUGAACUUCACCCCAGAGGAAGGUAUCCAGGCUGUCGAUGUUGUCAUUCAGCACCUGGAAAGUUACGACAUCACCACCAUUCGGGCCUCUGUGGGCAUGUAUUUGAUAUCCAAAUACAUUCGAGAAAAGACCGAUAGCGUGGUUAUCUUCUCUGGUGAAGGUUCCGAUGAGCUUACACAGGGGUACAUCUACUUCCACAAGGCUCCAUCAGCCCAGGCUGCUGCUGAGGAGAGUGUGCGUCUGAUGAAGGAGCUCUAUCUGUUUGAUGUACUGCGAGCGGACAGAACCACAGCUGCACAUGGAUUGGAGCUGAGAGUGCCUUUCCUGGACCAUAGGUUCUCUGCCUACUACCUUUCUCUCCCAGAGGAAAUGAGGGUUCCUAAGGAUGGUGUGGAGAAAUUCCUGCUGAGGGAUUCAUUCAAAGGCAUGAACUUGAUCCCCGAUGAAAUACUGUGGAGACGCAAAGAAGCUUUCAGCGAUGGAAUGACAUCAAUGAAGAAGUCGUGGUAUAGCAGCCUACAGGACCACAUUGAGUCAGAGGUGACCGAUUCACAGAUGGAAAAGGCGAAAAAGUUGUUCCCUGACAACACCCCUCCUACCAAAGAAGCGUUCUACUUCCGACAGAUCUUUGAGAAGUAUUACCCUGAGAGAACUCAGUGGACCCCCCAUUACUGGAUGCCUAAGUGGAUCAAAGCAACUGAUCCAUCUGCCAGAACUUUGUCUAUCUACAAGCCAGACAAGGAGCAGAAGAACCACUCGACUUCACCAGUCAACUGCAUCAGUGCUACCAAGCCACAUGUCUAAAUUGCUCUUAAAUUUUACAGGCCGUCAUACGCUAACAGUGUCUCUCCCACAUGUUCAGUACCCAUGCUUGUAAAUGUACCUCUUUAAAGCAGCAUAGACAUCUGUAGCUCAAAAGCAGAAAAAUAAAAGUUGCUUACCUCUUAUGUGUCACAGUCAGCCCAGUGACCACCUCUUGUCAGGCUUUAUGCUGAAGUUAGACGACGUAUUAUGCUUAUUCGUCACGCCUAGUAUUUUUUUUUUUUUUUUUUUUUUUUUCAUUUUUUCUCUGAAAGUUUUACGUUGAAGUUCCACAUGGGCUCCACUGUAAUGGUAACAAGAUUUAGAACCAACCAAAGAAUUAAUAUGUAAGGAGUCUCUGACUUGAUGGGGGCAUGGUUUUGGUACCGUUUUGUGCUCUGACGAUUCUGAUCUCACCUGAAACCUACACACACACACACACAAAUCCUCAGACAUUUUAGAUCCAUUGUUAUUGAAUGUAAAACUUAAUUUUCUGGUUUUUACUUUUAUUUGCUUUUGCAGAAGCUUGAUACUGACCUUUUAAGCAGCCCUGCUGACAGUGACUGGUCAUGAAAAUUGCACAUAACCCCUGCUCUCCAUUUGGGUUUUCAUGUUUUCAGACGCUGAUGGCAUUCCGGGGCAUUUCAUAUACAAGCAUCUCUCAGUUAGCAAUAUCUUCCCUGGAUUUACGUAAUACCUUUGCAGUUUGCUUUUCUGAUUUAAUAAUAGGUGGAUAACUUGAUACAAGUCGAACGUUGUUUCAUAAGCGUUGUCUGCAAUGAAUCGACUGUUUUAAGACUGUAUGCCCUUUUAAUUGGAGAGCAGACCUAGUUGCACUAAGUGAUUAGUUUAAUACUUGAUUGCAGUGAGUGUUUGAGAGUGAGUUUGAAAGAAUGCUUAAGUGUGAAUGGAGGUGUGGAACUACAAGAAUGUGCUGUAAUUGCAGUGUUUGUGUAUCUAGAAUCUUGAUUUUUUUUUUUUAUGCAAAGUGAGACUGAUUAUUGAUUAUACUGUGCUUUGUACAGAGUCUCAGUCUUGGCCCCAUGAUACAACAUAUUACAGUGAGAGAUGAAAUAAAAUACCAUUACAAAUAAUACAGUCAUGUAUAUGAAUACCGUCUACUCUGCACCUAGAAUAAAAAGCA